CAUGACAUCAUCCAUGGAGUCUGCCACCACCACACCUGGGGCCACUGCAAAGUCUAGCACCUUUACAACCACAGCUGCGCGCACCAGCUCAGGGGUGACCACAUUCUCUCAGGGCAGUUCCUCUUCUACCACUCCUGGAGGCAUCACCACGUCUUCAACUGCUCCCGGUGAAGGAAGCACGUCAUCCAACACGGGGCAUGCCACCAUCACACCUGGGGCCCCUGCAGAUUCUAGCACCUAUUCAACCGCUGCUGUGGGCACCAGCUCACCAGUGACCAAGUUCACUCAGGGCAGUUUCUCCCCUACCACUCCUGGAGGCAUCACCACAUCUUCAACUGUUGCGGGUGAAGAAAGCAUGCUGUCAACCACAGGGCAUGCCACCACCACACCUGGGGACACUGUGGAGUCCAGCCCCUUUCCAACCACUGCUGCGGGGACCAGGUCACCGGUGACCACAUUCAGUCAGGCUAGUUCCUCCUCUACCGCUUCUGGAGGUACCACCACGUCUUCAACUGCUCCCAGUGAAGAAAGCACAUCAUCAACCACAGGACCUGCCACCACCACACCUGGGGCCACUGCGGAGUCCAGCACCUUUUCAGCCACUGCUGUGUACACCAGCUCACCCGUGACCACAUUCACUUAUGGCAGUUCCUCUUCUAACACUCCAGGAGGCAUCACCACGUCUUCAACUGCUCCUGGUGAAGAAAGCACACCAUCAACCACGGGGCCUGCCACCACCACACCUGGAGCCACUGCGGAGUCCAGCACGUUUUCUACUGCUGCUGUGGGCAGCAGCUCACCGGUUACCACGUUCACUCUUGGCAGUUCCUUCCCUACCACUCCUGGAGGCAUCACGUCUUCAACUGCUCCCGGUGAAGAAAGCACGUCAUCAACCACAUGGCGUGCCACCACCACACCUGGGGCCACUGCAGAGUCCAGCACCUUUUCAACCACUGCUGCGGGCACCAGCUCCCCGGUGACCACGUUCACUCAGGGCAGUUCCUCCCCUACCGCUCCUGGAGGCAUCAACACGUCUUCAAGUGCUCCCGGUGAAGAAAGCAUGCCAUCAACCACGGAGCCUGCCACCACCACACCUGGAGCCACUGUGGAGUCCAGCACCUUUUCAACUGCUGCUGUGAGCACCAGCUCACCGGUGACCAUGUUCACUCCAGGCAGUACCUCUUCUGCCACUCCUGGAGGCACCACCACGUCUUCAACUGCUUCCGGUGAAGAAAGCACGUCAUCAGUAAUGGGGCCCGACACCACCACACCUGAGGCCACUGCGAAGUCCAGCACCUUUUCAACUGCUGCUGCGGGCACCAGUUCACCGGUGACCACAUUUACUCAGGGCAGUUCCUCCCCUACCGCUCCUGGAGGCAUCAACACGUCUUCAACUGCUCCCAGUGAAGAAAGCACGUCAUCAACCACAGGGCCUGUCACCACCACACCAGGAGCCACUGCAGAGUCCAUCAUGUUUUCUACUGCUUCUGCCAGCAGCAGCUCACCUGUGACCACGUUCACUCAGGGCAGUUCCUUCCCUACCACUCCUGGAGGCAUCACCAUGUCUUCAACUGCUCCCGGUGAAGAAAGCACGUCAUCAACCACAGAGCCUGUCACCACCACACCUGGGGCCAUUAUGGAGUCCAGCACGUUUUCUACUGCUGCUACGGGCACCAGCUCACCGGUGACCACGUUCACUCAUGGUAGUUCCUUCCCUACCACUCCUGGAGGCAUCACCACGUCUUCAGCUGCUCCCCGUGAAGAAAGCACAUCAUCAACCACGGGGCCUGCCACUACCACAUCUCAGGCAACUGCGGAGUACAGCACCUUUACAACCUCUGCUGUAGGCGCCAGCUCACCGGUGACCACCUUCACUCAGGGCAGUUCGUCCCCUACCGCUCCUGGAGGCAUCACCACGUCUUCAACUGCUCCCGGUGAAGAAAGCAUGUCAUCAACCACGGAACCUGCCACCACCACACCUGGAGCCACUGCAAAGUCCAGCACCUUUUCAACAGCUGCUGCCGGCACCAGCCCAGCAGUGACCACAUACACUCAGGGCAGUUCCUCCUCUACUGCUCCUGGAGGCAUCACCACUUCUUCAACUGCUGCCAGUGAAGAAAGCAUGCCAUCAACCACGGGGCCUGCCACCACCACACCUGGGGCCACUGCGGAGUCCAGCACCUUUUUUACUGCUGCUGCAGGCACCAGCUCAUUGGUGACCACAUUCACUCCAGGCAGUUCCUCUUCUACCGCUCCUGGAGGCAUCACCACAUCUUCAACUGCUCCCAGUGAAGAAAGCACGUCAUCAACCAUGGGGCGUGCCACCAGCACACCUGGAGCCACUGCGGAUUCCAGCACCUUUUCAACCGCAGAUGUGGGCACCAGAUCACCGGUGACCAUGUUCACUCAGGGCAGUUCCUCCUCUAUUGCUUCUGGAGGCAGCAGCACAUAUUCUACUGCUCCCAGUGAAGAAAGAACAUCAUCUACCACGGGGCCUGCCACCACCACACCUGGGGUCACUGUGGGUUCCAGCCCCUUUUCAACCACUGCUGCGGGCACCAGCCCACCAGUAACCACGUUCACUCAGGGCAGUUUCUCCCCUACCGCUCCUGGAGGCAUCUCCACUUCUUCAACUGUGGCCGGUGAAGAAAGCAUGUCAUCAACCACCGGUCCUGCCACCACCACACCUGUGGCCACUGCGGAGUCCAGCACCUUUUCAACUGCUGCUGUGGGCACCAGCUCACCAGUGACCACGUUCACUCAGGGCAGUUCUUCCCCUACCGCUAGUGGAGGCAGCUCCACUUCUUCAACUGCUCCUGGUGAAGAAAGCAUGCCAUCAACCAUGGGGCCUGCCAUCACUACACCUGGGGACACUGCGGAGUCCAGCACAUUUUCAACCACUGCUGCAGGCACCAGCUCACCGGUGACCACGUUCCCUCAGGUCAGUUCCUCCCCUACCACUCCUGGAGGCAUUACCACAUCUUCAACUUCUCCCAGUGAAGAAAGCAUGCCAAUAACCACUGGGCCUGCCACCACCACACCUGGAGCCACUACGGAGGCCGGCAGCUUGUCAACUGCUGCUGUGGGCAGCAGUUCACUGGUAACCACGUCUAUUCAGUCCAGUUUCUCCUCUACUAUUCCUGGAGGUGCAACCAGGCCUUUUACCACUCCCAGUGGAGAAAGCACGCCAUCAACCACUGAGCUUGCCACCUCCACACCUGGGGCCAGCACCCCAUCAAUUUCUCCAGUGGGUACAAGCUCACCAAUAACCAUGUCUACUCAUGCAAGUUUCUUCCCUACCACUCCUGGAGGCACCACCACAUCAGCAACUGCUCCUGCUGGAAGAAGCACGCCAUCAACCACCUGGGCUGACACCCCCACACCUGGGGCCACUACUGAGACCAGCUCACUUUCAGCCCCUGCUGCGGGCACCAGCUUACCAAUGACCAUGUCUGCUCAGGCCAGUUCCUCCCCUACCACUCCUGGAGGUGCCAUCGUGCCUUCAACCUCUCCUGUUGCAGGAAGCACACCACCAACCACCAGCCUUGCCACUACAACACCUGGGGCCACUACAGAGGCCAGCACCCCAUCAACUGCUCCUCUUAGCACCAGCUUACCGGUGACCAUGCCUACUCAGGUCAGUUCCUUCCCUACCACUCCUGGAGGGGCCACCAUGGUUUCAACUGCUCCCAUUGGAGGAAGCACACCAUCAACCACUGAGCCUGCCACUACCACACCUGGGGCCGCUACUGAGGCCAGCACCUUGUCAACCCCUCCUGUGGCCACCAGUUCACCAGUGACCAUGUCUAUUCAGGGCGUUUCCUCCCCUACUGCUCCUGGAGGCACGCCACCACAUCCUCAACUGCUCCUGGUGGAGGAAGCACACCAUCAACCACUGAGCUGCCAUGAGCACACCUGGGGCCAUGACCUGAGGCCAGCAUGCCAACAACCACUCCUGUGGGCACCAGCUCACUGGUGGCCACGUCUACUCAGGGCCACUUCCUCCCCUAUCAGUCCUGGAGGCGCCACCAUGCAUUCAACCUCUCCUGUUGGAGGAAGCACACCAUCAACCACCGAGCCUGCCACUGCCACACCUGGGGUCACUACUGAGGCCAGCACCUUGUUAACCCCUCCUGCAGGCACCAGUUCACCGGUGACCAUGUCUAUUCAGGGCAUUUCCUCCCCUACUGCUCCUGGAGGCACCACCACAUCCUCAACUGCUCCUGGUGGAGGACGCACACCAUCAACCACCGAGCCUGUCAGCAGCAUACCUGGGGCCACUACCCAGGCCAGCAUGCCAACAACCACUCCUGCAGGCACCAGCUCACUGGUGACCAUGUCUACUCAGGCCAGCUUCUCCCCUCCCAUUCCUGGAGGUGCCACCACAUCUUCAACCGCACCCGGUGGAGAAAUCAUGCCCUCAACCACUGAGCCUGCCACCCCCACACCUGGGGCGACUACUGAGGCCAGCACCCCGUCCAUUUCUUCAGCGGGCACCAGCUCACUAAUAACCACAUCUGCUCAGGCCACUUCCUCCCCUACCACUCCUGGAGGUGCCAUGUUGCCUUCAACCUCUCCUGGUGAAGGAAGCACGCCAUCAACCACCAGGCUUGCUACCACCAUAGCUGGGGCCACUACUGAGGCCAGCACCCUGUCAACCACCCCUGCAGGCACCAGCUCACCAGUGACCAUGUCUACUCAGGCCAGUUCUUCCCCUACCAUUCCUGGUGGUGCCACCACGCCUUCAAGUGCUCCAGGUGGAGGAAGCACACCAUCAACAACUGGGCCUGCCACCACCACAGCUGGGGCCACUCUGAAGUCCAGCACCCUGUCAGUCCCUCCUGAGGGCACCAGCUCCCAGGUGACCACGGAUACCCAGGCCAGUUCAUCUUCCAUAACUCUAGAGGGCACCACCAUGCCUCUGUCUACUCUGAGUGAAGGAAGCACUCUCAGCACCGCCCAUGUGACCAGUUCUGAGGCUCGCACACAUUCAAGCCCUCCUGUUGACACCCGCACACCUGUGACCACUUCUACCGAAGCCACUUCAUCUCCUACCACUCUGGAGGGCACCACCAUUCCUACUACGAAGGAAUUUACAACAACUGCAGUGACUACUGCCACUACCCUCACAUAUGUGACCGUGUCUACUGCCCCCAGCACACCCAGCACAACCAGCAGAGGCUCCACUGCCUCUGCAUCAACUCUUUCUGCAGCCAGUACACCUCACACCUCUACUUCCGUCAUCACCCGUUCUGUGACCCCUCUGUCAGAAUCCAGCAUGUCGUCAACAAUAUCUUCUCACACCGUCCCACCCGUGUUUCCUCCUGGUCACUCCAGUACACCUUCAACCACGUCUGCCUCCCCGACGCCUGUGACCACUGACACUGUCACUACCAUGACCACAAGGACAAAUCCCAGUACACGGAUCACUUCCUCCCCCACGGUGACCACCACCACUGUCCCCAGGACUACUUCCACAAUUAAGAGCACCACCACCUCCACUCCUGCUGUGCCAACAACCACACCACCGUGGUGCUUCAAUGGAGGACAGUGGAAAGGAGAGUCCUGUGAGUGCCCUCCUGAAUAUAACGGAGAUCGGUGCCAGUACGCGGCCGCUGUCUGCAAGAACGGAGGCUUCUGGGAUGGGCUCAAGUGCCAGUGUCCCUCCCCCUACAUUGGGGAGCUCUGUGAGGAGGUGUCCAACGCCCUUGACAUAAAGCCACCACCGGAGACAGUCUCCGCCCAAAUGGAAAUGACUGUGACAGUGACCAGUGUGAAGUUCACCGAUGAGCUGAAUGACCACUCUUCCGAGGAAUUCAAGAAUUUCAACAAGACAUUCACAGAAGAGAUGAACCGUGUGUACGCCAAUAUCUCUGAGUAUGUCGGGGUGAACAUCACAAAGCUACGGCUUGGCAGUGUGGUGGUGGAGCAUGAGGUCCUCCUAAGAACCAAGUACACACCAGAAUUCAAGACAGUGUUGAACAAUGCCAGCAUGGCCGUGAAAGAAAAAAUCACCAAAGUGACUGAGGAGCAAAUAAUGAUUAAUGAUAAUUGCACAAGCUUGCUGUGUUACAACACCAGCGGUACCCAGGUGCAGAACAUCACGAUGACCUUCGUACAACCGGAAUGCCGGCAGGCGGCUGGGCCGGACUACGCAGACUACUUCCUCGUGGAGUACCAGGACCAGCAACCAAAAUGCAUCAACCCCUGCGAGUCCGGCUACAAGGCCUCCAAGAACUGUAACUUCGGCAAGUGCCAGUUGCUUCGAAGCGGCCCCCAGUGCUACUGCGUGACCACGGAAACUCACUGGUACAGAGGGGAAGCCUGUGACCAGGGCAUCCAGAAGAGUCUGGUGUACGGGCUUGUGGGAGCAGGGUGUGUGCUGGUGCUGAUCAUCCUGAUAGCUCUCCUGAUACUCGCUUUCCGCUCCAAGAGAGAGGUGAAACGGCAAAAGUCCAAAUUGUCUCAGUUGUACAAGUGGCAAGAAGAGAAAGGUGGAUCAGCUCCUGGGACAUUCCAAAACAUUGGCUUUGACAUCUCCCAAGAAGAAAAUGAUUCCAUCCACCUGGACUCCAUCUACAGUAAUUUCCAGCCCUCCCUGGGCCACAUAGACCCUGAAACAAAGAUCCAAAUUCAGAGGCCUCAGGUGACGGUGACAUCACUUUAA